GAAUGCAGAAAGGCGGGUUUUUUUUCUGCGCUCUUUCUUUUGUAAAUCAAUAGCUGCUUUGUUUUGAAUGGUCACUGAGUCUGGCUAGAGGGGCAGCACUUGAUUUGGGGAGCGUUUUGUCUGUGCGGCAGAGUUUUUAGGCAGGGGCGGGCGAUCUGGGACAGUCAGUCUGCAGAAAGGCAUCACACAAGACAUAAGCGCUAACAGAAUCCGCAGUCCUGCUACAGACAGAUGCUUCUGUGAAUGAGGUUUUGCAACACAUUGGGCUGCGCUAUCAAUACUUCUAAAUCGAGUUAAGAUACUUUUCAAUCAAUAAGAGUAUUCAGCUGGAUGUUUUGAUUUUGUUACACAUCUGUAAAGGGAAAACGGGACUUUUGCAGUGCUGGAAGUUAAUUUAACUUAAAAGAAACUCUGAGGAAAACACUUCUGUGAGUGAAGCUGAUUCAACAGACAGGGAACUACGCAAACUUGCCGGAUUUAAUAUGUGCUAGACAGACUUAAUCAACUUGUUUAAGCUUUUCCCAGGAAACAUUUACAACACGCUUGUUGGAAGCAGAAUCAAAAUGUGCAGCAAAAAAGGAAACAUAUAUGUGUGUUUAUUUGUUCUGAAUGUACUGCUGGUGGUUAUGCUGUUAACCCAGGAUGCUGCAGGUAAGACUUUAAAAUAUAAAGUAUACGAGGAACAGAGAGUGGGCACUGUGAUUGCUAGACUAAAGGAAGAUGUGGCUGACGUGUUAUCUAAACUACCUAGCCCCUUUUCGGUCCGUUUCCGAGCAAUGCAGAGAGGGAGCACCCCUUUGCUCUCGGUCCGGGAGGAAGACGGGGAGAUCAGCAUUGGGGCGAAAAUUGACCGUGAACUGCUCUGCCAGAAAAACCUCAAUUGUACAAUCGAAUUUGACGUGAUUACACUGCCAACGGAGCACUUGCAGCUAUUCCACGUUGAAGUCGAGGUUCUGGACAUUAAUGACAAUUCCCCCCAGUUCUCCAGGUCCGUUAUUCCUAUUGAGAUCUCGGAAAGUGCAGCUGUGGGAACACGGAUCCCCUUGGACAGUGCGACUGACCCAGAUGUUGCUGAAAACUCCCUUCACACUUACUCCUUGUCUCAAAAUGAGUUUUUUGAUAUUGAAGUAAGAACCAGGACUGAUGGGGCCAAGUAUGCAGAACUUAUUGUGGUUCGAGAACUGGACAGAGAGAUCCAGGCCAGCUAUGAGCUCCAACUAUUGGCCUCUGACACUGGCGUACCUCCCAGAUCUGGCUCUACUCUUCUUAAAAUCAGCAUUUCUGAUUCAAAUGAUAACAGUCCUGUUUUUGAAGAGCAAUCAUAUGUUAUCCAUCUACAAGAAAACUCGCCUGUGGGAUCUUUGCUGCUAGAUCUCAAUGCCACAGAUCCAGAUGAGGGCGCUAAUGGGAAAGUAGUGUAUUCUUUCAGUAGCCAUGUGUCUCCUAAAAUUCUGGAGACAUUUAAGAUCAACACGGAGAAUGGCCACCUUACUCUUCUUAAGCCACUCAACUUUGAAGUCACCAAGACUUAUGAGAUUGAUGCCCAGGCUCAAGACUUGGGACCGAACUCAAUCCCAGCUCACUGCAAGAUUAUAAUAAAAGUUGUAGACAUCAAUGAUAACAAACCUGAAAUCAGCAUCAACUUAAUGACCCAGGGGAAGGAGGAAGUGGCCUAUAUUUCUGAAGCGGCAGCCAAAGACACUUUUGUGGCUUUAGUAAGGGUUCAAGACAAGGACUUUGGUUUGAAUGGGGAAGUUGUCUGCAAGCUACAUGGACAUGGUCACUUUAAGCUUCAAAAGACCUAUGAAAACAACUACAUGAUUCUGACCAAUGCUACAUUAGACAGAGAAAAGAGAUCUGAAUACAGUCUGACUGUCAUUGCAGAAGACAAAGGGAUCCCCAGUCUCUCUACAAUCAAACACUUUACAGUCCAGGUGCUGGAUGAAAAUGACAAUCCACCCCAUUUUCAGAAAAACAGGUAUGAGAUCUUCAUGUCUGAAAACAAUUCCCCCGGAGUCUAUAUCACAUCAGUGAUGGCCAGUGACCCAGAUCUUGGGGAAAAUGGACAUGUUACCUACACAAUUUUGGAAAGCUUUAUUUUGGGGAGCUCCAUUACCACCUAUGUAACCAUUGACCCUUCCAAUGGGGCCAUUUAUGCUCUCAGAACAUUUGAUCAUGAAGACAUCAACAGAAUUGCUUUUGUUGUUCAAGCAAGAGAUGGAGGUAGCCACCAGCUUAGCAGCAACACCACAGUGGUCCUCACAGUAAUAGAUGAAAAUGACAAUUCACCAGUUAUUGUUGUGCCAGCACUGCGCAAUCAUACUGCCGAAAUCUCCAUACCUAAAUAUGCUGAGCUUGGAUACCUAGUCACAGCCAUUAGGGCCACUGACAGGGAUUCUGGUAUUAAUUCUGAACUGAGCUGCUUUAUUGUAAAUGGCAAUGAAGAUAACAUCUUCACCAUGGACCCAAAGAAGUGUGAGAUCUAUACCAAUGUUUCUAUGGAAGACUUUCCCCACCAAGAAAUUGAAAUUGUGGUAGUGGUUCAAGAUAAGGGAAGCCCACAGCUUAAUGCCAAAGCAACAUUUAAAUGUAUUUUGUAUGAAAGCCUGGAUAUUCUUUUCCAGCCCACACCAACAGCCAGCAGCCAGCCUACUCUUGAUGUCUCUAUGAUUAUCAUUAUUUCUUUAGGAGCCAUUUGUGCAGUCCUCUUAGUCAUAAUGGUGAUUUUUGCUACCAAAUGCAACAGAGAAAAGAAAGAUACAAGAUCAUAUAACUGCAGGGUGGCUGAAUCCACUUAUCAAAAUCAUCCCAAGAAACCAUCAAGGCAGAUACACAAAGGAGACAUCACUCUAGUGCCAACUGUUAAUGGCACACUGCCCAUAAGAUCUCAUCACAGGUCACCCUCAUCAUCACCAACCAUGGAGAGAGGCCAGAUGAGCAGCAGACAGAGCCAUCACAGCCGCCAAUCACUGAACAGCUUGGUGACCAUCUCUUCCAAUCACAUACCAGAGAAUUUCUCACUGGAACUUGCACACACCACCCAACCAGUUGAGCAAGUCUCACAGCUUCUGUCCAUGCUUCAUCAGGGCCAGUACCAGCCAAGACCAAGUUUCCGUGGGAAUAAAUAUUCAAGAAGCUACAGAUAUGCCCUUCAAGACAUGGACAAGUUCAGUCUUAAGGACAGUGGUCGGGGAGACAGUGAGGCUGGGGACAGCGAUUAUGAUCUAGGCAGAGACUCUCCAAUUGACAGACUUCUUGGUGAAGGAUUCAGUGACCUUUUCCUGACAGAUGGCCAUCACAGACUUCAUCCAGCUAUGAAGUUCUGCACAGAUGAAUGCAGGGUGCUCGGGCACUCCGACCAGUGCUGGAUGCCACCGUUGCCCUCUCCAGCUUCAUCUGACUACAGAAGCAACAUGUUUAUACCUGGGGAGGACCCUCAGCAGCCUCCGGUAGAAGAGGACAGCCAGUCCACAGAUUCCAAUGACAAAAAGAAGAGCUUUUCCACUUUUGGCAAAGACUCCAAUAGCAGCAACGAGGAGGCAGGAGACCUUUGCAGCACCUCUCUCCUUUCAGAAAUGAACAGUGUCUUCCAGCGCUUACUACCUCCGUCAUUGGAUUCUUACACAGAGUGCAACGAGGUGGAGAGAAUGAGCUCCCUGGAGCGCAAAAAGGGGCAUUUACCAGGGAAAUCUUUAGCCUACCCUCAAGGGGUGGCAGCCUGGGCAGCUAACACUCAUUUCCAAAACCCGGGAAGCAGUACGGGGCCGAUUCAAGUGAAUCACGUGAGUGCACAGCCCCCCUCCAAGUGGCUGCCAGCCAUGGAGGAAAUCCCAGAGAACUACGAAGAGGAUGAUUUUGACAACGUCCUGAACCAGCUCCAGGUGAGCAGGAGUGACAGUAGACAUGAAAUAAUGGAUGCCAGUGAGUUGGUUGCCGAAAUUAACAAACUUUUACAAGAUGUUCGUCAGAGCUAGACAUGACAGCUGAACCUUUUAAAUGUUUUUCCAUAUUUAUGGGAGUCCGGAAAACAAAAGAGAACUGCAAUUACCAUUCAGUUGCAUUUAUCAUGUAAAUGUGUAUGUGAAUGCUAAUUAUUGGAAUAUGUUGUAUUUUCUUGUUCUGUACACAGUGUACACAAUGUGAGUGUAAUUAUCUCUGUAUUUUAAAAAUACAUUUGUACUCUUAUAUUUAUAUUAUAUAAAUUUAAUCAAAGUCUAUUUUUAUAUUCUUAUUGCAUGUUGUAAAGGAUAACAAAUAUCCUGAUUUUAAAAAUGUUCAGAAAAUAAAGUUACAUUGCUUUUUAAAGGUUUUUGUAAAUUAAUGUAUAUAACAGGCAACUGAUUCAGGGGAGUUAGCUUUGUUGAACUCAGUGAGUGUGAUUCCAAUAGCAUGUUGUUCUGUAAUACAUAAGCAUGAGCAGUUUCUCAAUCAUUUUAAUUGGUAUCAAAGUGUUUGCUGUAUGUACAAAGUCAUUUAAAAAUUUAUAUUAAAUGGGAAUCAGUGGAAAGCUGGAAUUUCUAGAAAUGACCAUAAAACACUGCACAUGAAUUGUAACACAAAAUACUGAAAAAAAAAUGUUCUUCUUGUCUUUAGGUUUAUACUUAAAAUAAUUUACAAUAAAUAAAUACAAAUAUUGUUUGAAAAA